AUGGCGGAAACAAUGGACCCUUUAGCACCAAGUGUAAAUGAAUCAAGCUUCACACCAAGUCUAAUUAAUAAGUUAAGAAUGAGAUUUGGUAGUGGAUCUGCUACACCAAGAUCAAUGGCAGAGGGAUAUGUGGAGUUUGGCGAGUUUCGUGCUCAAGCCCCUGGGGUCAAAAAAGUGGGUACUUUCGCUGGUGUCUUCUGUCCGGUGGUGCUUUCUAUGUUUAGUGCACUUAUAUUUAUAAGAAUGGGUUACCUAGUAGGCAACGCUGGUACUCUUGUCACAUUAGCUCAGUUUGCUCUUGCCUAUGGCAUAGUCGGGUUUACUGUAAUGUCUAUCUGUGCUAUAUCAACCAAUGGUGCUGUGGAAGGUGGAGGAGUUUAUUUUAUGAUAAGUAGGACCCUAGGCCCAGAAUUUGGUGGUGCUAUCGGGACUUUAUUCUUCUUUGCUAAUGUCGUAUCGAGUGCGCUUUGUAUUUCAGCGUGUACUGAAGCGUUGGUGGAAAACUUUGGACCCAAUGGAUACCUUGUGGGAGACAGUCCUGGUCUACCAAACGGAGAUUGGUACCGUUUUCUCUACCGUUCAGUAUUGAACACAAUUGGCUUAAGUGUAUCUUUGGCCGGGGCUUCGCUUUUUGCUAGAACCAGUUUAGCCAUUUGGGUCACCAUGGUGGUGUGCUUAGCCAGUGCCUUUUUGAGUUUCUUCAUUACUACGCCUGCGAUGAUAGAGAAACCAGAAACAAAUACUCUAACUAACGCAACUAGCUUUAAAUACACGGGAUUCAGUGUGAACACCUUUUAUGAAAACCUAUAUCCCAAGUAUGGGAGGGAUUAUAGUACAAAUGAUGGUGAGAUGGUGGAUUUUGCGUCUGUAUUCGGCGUUUUAUUCACUGGAGUCACUGGUGUUAUGGCGGGGGCUAAUAUGAGUGGUGAACUUAAAUCUCCAUCGCGCAGUAUUCCUCUAGGUACCCUUACUGCGUUAUUUUUCACUGCGUUGUCAUACAUCGCGUUGACAUUUUUAACUGCAGCCACUUGUUCGAGAGAUCUUCUUCAGAAUAACUACGUAUAUUUGCUACCUAUUAAUGUAUGGUCGCCUUUUAUUGCCGUUGGGAUGCUUACGGCGACUUUUUCUGCUGGUCUCUCGAACCUCAUCGGUGCUUCUAGGGUGCUGGAAGCUUUAGCUAAAGAUAAUAUUUUUGGAUUUAUCCUCCGUCCAAUGGUGCCUCGAUCUGGAAAUCCCAUCCUCGCUGUGAUAAUGUCUUGGUUUCUUGUUCAAAUUGGUAUUAUUACUGGAUCACUCAAUGCUAUUGCUCAGGUGAAUUCAGUUCUCUUCAUUACAAGUUACUUCGCUAUUAACCUUGCCUGUCUUGGCCUAGAUCUCGCCUCUGCGCCUAACUUCAGGCCAACGUUCAAACAUUUCUCGUGGCUGACCUCCCUGAUCGGGUUGGUGGGUUGUGCCGCGCUAAUAUUCGGUCUACGUCCCGCGUACGCGAGCGCCGUAGCUUUGGCGUGCUGUUCGUUGGUCGUCGCGUUGCAUUUGCUGUCGCCGGCCGCGUCUGAACCGAAAUGGGGCAGUCUAAGUCAAGCUCUAAUCUUUCAUCAGGUCCGUAAAUACCUACUCCUCUUAGACCCUCGUAGAGAACACGUGAAAUUCUGGCGACCUCAGAUGCUGUUACUCAUCUCUUCCCCGCGUCAGGCAGCACCGCUCAUCGACUUCGUUAAUGACCAGAAAAAGGGCGGUCUGUUCGUAGUGGGUCACGUGAGGGUCGGUGAAUUGGACGGUAGCGGAGACCCACUUGCCUCAGAGCAUAAGUACUGGCUCAAACUUAUCGAUCAUCUUAAGGUGAAAGCCUUUGUGGAGCUAUCCUUAGCAGAGUCCAUCCGUAGUGGCGCAGCGCAGUUGACACGUCUCGCAGGUUUAGGAGCUAUGAAACCUGAUACUGUACUCCUAGGCUUCAGAGAUACGGCCACGCCCAAGGAUUUCUUUAGAGAUCCAACAUCACCAUACAAAACGGAGCAAUUCGAUCUGGACUCCGGUGAAAUAAUAUUCCCGGCUCGGACAUCCGUAUCGACCCGGAUAUCCGCGUCCGAGUACGUCCGUAUAAUAACAGACGUGCUGAGCGUCAAGAAGAAUAUAUGUCUCUGUAGGAACUUCCACACGCUUGACAUGGCUGCCGUAGAGAGACGCUCAUCGAGCCUAAAAUACAUAGACGUGUGGCUGGUAGAGCUUCUGACCCCGUCCCGCGAAGAGGCUUUCAGCGUGAGAGCCUUAUUCGCGUUGCAGUUAGCGGCCGUAGUGCGAUCGGCCCGCGGCUGGCAACAUUUGAGACUACGAGUCCACGUUGUUGACGCUACACCGCUUUAUGCUGACCUAUACCUUGCAGAGUUGGACAGUAUGGACAGCGCAGUGGAGCGGAGUAACCCCUCCUUAUCUCCUGCCAGACCCGUCCACGAAAGAUUGGAAGUAUUACUAAAAUUAUUAAGGAUCAAUGCUACUACACACACGGUGUCAGAAUGGCCAGCGUUGGAUAACUUUGGACAAUGGUCGGAAACCAGUUAUGACAAUGGGACUACGUUUAGUAGAAUACCUCAAAGUUAUUUGCAAAAGGUAAAUCAAAUAAUCAAGAGUCGCUGUGAAGACGGGGCAGCGGUCACAUUUGUCCAAUUACCGCAUCCACCGAAGUUGGCCCCGCACGCGAGUGACGCAGAUGAACCCGUAUGCGAACAGUAUCUUCAGGUUUUAGAAGACUUCACGAAGGAUCUCUCACCAACGAUAUUAGUGCGAGGGCUGAAGUCGGUAACCUCCACAGCUCUUUAA